GAGACGCUUGAUAGGCAUGUGUAAUACAAGCUAAGAACUAAGCGUUUAACGAAGCAGAUCUAACAAUUUUAGAAGUCUUUUUUUGGAACAACAUGAUCAAUAUUUAAGGGUUGCACAUAUUCACAACACCUCACUUACACACAAACCAUCACACUGAAAACAUGUUUAAUAUGGUGCUCUUACGAAAAUUGAUAGUUUCAAUACCUCGCUCUCAAAUAAGAUUUUACAGAGCAUCUGUAGCUGAGAGCGAACCAGUUUGUCGAGAACAGUACCAUGAGUUUGACAAAAACAUGGAUCGUUCGAAGUUCACAACUAUCGAAGGAACCCAAGGACAAGUGGAAACUUUGACAAUUCAGGAUUCUAAGAGAGCAUUGGAAGAAGCAAUAGACUAUUCUGUACAUGGACCCAGUGUUCAGGGAAUUCAAGGUGGACAUGAUGACUUGGUUGAUGUUUUGUACAAUGAAAAGCCAGAGUCGGAUAUAGUACAAUCUGAUGCUAAUGUUGAGGCGUUUAACUGUAAUAGCAGUUUGAAUUUACAUGGAUGUAUGCAGUCUAAUGUACCCCAGCCAUUCACCACUAGUUGUGAACACUAUGACUCUCCUUGUAAUAUUCCAGGCAGUGGGGUAUUACAGAAGCAAAAGUAUAUAAAUGAUGCUAUGAGUGGGUUUCAUCCAUCAAGACAAUAUCACACAACUAAAUCACAUUUCAAAACAUUUGCUCAACCUUCAGCUCAGCAGGAGUCAUAUCCUGACCCACAAGGAAUUCAAGGAGAUGACUGCACCCUAGAACUUUGGAUGGAAACUUGCAUGAGAUACAACCUUCCUAAUUGUCAAGACCAAUUUGUUAAUAUUAAGGAAGGUAGAAAAACACUGAAGGAGGUGUUUGCUGAGCAAGAGUUAAUGCUAAAAGAAAUAGCAGAAAACUACACAUCCAAUUCUAAAGCUAGCCUUUCUGCCGAAUUACAAAUUGACACUGAUGGUCCAUGCCCACAAGGGAUACAAGGUGAUGACUGUGCACGCUAUCAGUUAUGGUUAGAAAAUUGCCAGCGAUUUAGCUUUGGUGAAUGUAAAGACCAGUUAACAGGAAUGAAAAGUGGAAGAAAAAAUCUAGCACAAAUUUUGGCUGAACAGGAUGCACAAAUAAAACAGGCAGUUGCCCAUUACUACCAGAAAAGAAGUUAUUCAACAUCCUCAUCAUCAAACCAAAACGGAUCUGAGGUUGGUAGAGAUGUGCAAUCUCAAACAAACCCAGGGAAAUUAAGUAAUAAGGACCGUUUAAAAAGGGCAGUGAAAGAGUAUGGUUCAACAGUUAUAGUUUUCCAUGUAGGAAUAUCUCUGAUUUCUCUUGGAGGCUUUUAUCUGGCUGUGUCAAGUGGAAUUGAUAUGGUAUCAUUGCUGACAAAGAUAGGAGUUGGUGAAAGUCUACUCCAGUCCAAACUGACCACUGGUGCCAGUACCUUUGUAGUAGCCUAUGCUGUACAUAAAGUGUUUGCUCCAGUUAGAAUAGCUAUAACCUUGACAUCUGUGCCUUUAAUAGUUAGAUAUUUAAGAAGAAUUGGUUUUUUGAAACCUCCUAAGAUAUCUAAAUGAAUAAUGUUAACUUUCUAUUUGUUCUUACAAAAUGAAUUGUAAUAAAUAUAUUUCAUUGUAUUUUUUUUUUUAUCUUUGUCUUAAUUAUGGUUCAAAUAAAUAUUACAUUUAUCAUGAAGGUAUAAUAUGGAAGAAAAUAUCUGAAAUGGUGUAGUUUUUCAUUUGGAAAAUAGAUGAUGGAAAAAAGAGAAAUAAACUAAACUGUAGUGAAAAUAAGGCCAACACAUUUAGAUAUAAUAUCUAUACAUAAUUGUUUCAUUACAUUUAUUUUAAUGGCUUCUUAAUUUAACUUUUGCUAAGACAUAUAUUUUGGUACAAAGUAAACAUAUCAAAUAGUAUCACAUGUUUAAACAUAUCAACUGUUUGGCAUUGUAUUACAACCUAAAAUUUAGUGGUGAUAAUAUUUUCUUAUAAUCACAAAGAGGUUAAAAGGUUAAUGUUGAUAACACAUAUAUUUCAUUGAGUUAAAGAUUAUUGUUUAACCAUUCUAUAAUUUCUUACAUAAUUUAUUACCUACAUCAUGUACAUGUAGAUAUCUUUGUAUUUAAAUGAAAUAAAAUCAAUGAAAUAGAAAAUUGUGCAAAGGGAGAUAAUUCAUAGUGAAAUUAUAGAGUAAAAUCUUGAACUUCAUCACAUCCAUCUUUCAAUCUAUUAAUUCAUGGAAAUUGGGGCAUAAUUGUAUAAAAUCAACAAAACACAGAUAAAGCAAAAUGAAAAAAAACAAAUGAUCAGAUGCAAAUAUGUUUAAUUCAACAUCUACAUUCAACAUGUAAUUUUCUGAAAGCUGAUUUAAGAGGUCAGUGAAAUUUUAUAUAUGUGUAAAAUUGCUUAUGUUAAUUAUUUCUUAGUGCUAUUUAUUAAAUGUACAUGUGUAUAUUAAAAUCUGUUGGUUGAUUUAUUGUUUAACUUAUUGUUGGUUAAUUGGAAAAUUUUAUUUCUUGAGUUGACCAAAAAAGUUCAUUUUAUAUGUGUUCACAAUAAGCACUGAUUACUGUUAUGUAUAAAAAUAAUAUUAUUUGUUAACACUUUAAAAAAAUGUUUUAAAUACUUGAUUAAGACAAUCAUCAUAAGUUAACUUAUAAUACAAUGAAUGGGUUUAUAAAAUGAUAAACAAAUGUGUUUUAUACCAUCAAAUUUCUACAGAUCUGGUUGUUUCUUAGUUAGAAAAUGUUGAAAGUUUUACCUUAUUCUUUAAACAGUUUAAGAUAAUAUACACAUUAUCCUAAUACACAUCUUAAAACCCUAUAACCAUGUAAAUACUCUACUUUUCUUUUUGUUUUUAUAUUUUCUCAAAUAUGUUGUUCUGUAUAUGAAGUUGUUGAAAAUCUAGGAGACCGGCAUAUCAUACUCUUAUGGCAAAUAUUUAUAUACUCAUGAAAGGGAUAAGAGGCAUUAUUAUGGACUCUUGUGAUUAGCAGAAAAAUUCUAAGGAAAAAGGUUCACAAUUUUUUUUUCGUCUUUUCGAUAGGAACAUUACAUCUUCCAUGUGCAACUAAUCCAUUGAAUUGUAUUCUAGUAGACCAUUACAGUUUAUGAAAAGUAGUACCAACUGUUUGUCUCUAGAUGUUGAUGAUAGUUUAUAACAUUUUAUACUUUUUGGUUCAUAUUUGUUGACACUGUUUGAGUUUCCUGUAGGACUUUCCAAUUGAUAUUCCACAUUUAUUUUGUAUCUACAAGAGGAAUGAUUAGAUUUAUAUUGAUAGUAGUUUUAUAAAUUAUUGGUACAUGAGAUUGUAUUGCAAGUUAUUUUUUUGCAUACUUACUGUGUUAUUUUUCCUAAUUGUAUAUUUAUAUCUAUGAUUAUAUAAAUUAUUUAAAUAUC